AGACACCUGGGCUGGGACGCACAGGACAGGAGCAUGGCCAGCCUACAGACCCCGCUCCUGGCUGCCCUCAUCCUCCUCGCUAUGGUAAUUCCAGCAACCCAGGCAGGCCCUUACGGCGCCAAUGUGGAGGACAGCGUCUGCUGCCGCGACCACAUCCGUCACCCCGUGCCCGGGCGAAUGGUGAAAUACUACUAUUGGACUUCAGACUCCUGCCGGAGACCUGGCGUCGUCCUGCUAACCCUCAGGGGCCGGGAGAUCUGCGCUGACCCCAGACAGCCCUGGGUGAAGAAGAUUCUCCAGAAGCUGGACAAGUGAGGAAGGGCCCUGCCUGACCACACGGCCUUGGACCCCCCAGGAAGACUAACGGUCCUGCCUCCCUGCCGUCGCAGCCGCUCCGCAGCACGAGCCCGUGCCAGGGCCUCUCCCUGCAGCCCCUGCUCUCCGUCCCGGCAACUGUCACCUCAGCCCAGCCUCCACACUGUCCCUUGCAUCUCCCCUUCCCCUCCAGCCCAUCCUCUGUCCCAGGUAGUCCGAGGGUCCACAGUCCUGCUCAGUCACUCCCCUACUCCAACCCUUCCAUGGCUCCCAUUGCCCUAGGCUGAGGUCAGAGCCCCUGAGCCUGGCAGCCCUGCCCCCUGGAUCUGGGCCCCAUCCCUGUCUCUGGCCCUCCCCCAUUUCCUUUCAUACAUACUGGACUCCAACUCCCUGUUCUCCAAACCCGCACAUUUCCACUUCUGGGUCUUCUCCCAGGCUGCCCCUGACACCUGGAAUGUUCCCUGUCACCCACACAGGUCCAACCCCACCAGCCCUCCAAGGCAUGGCUCUGCCUAAGCGGCCAGUGGUUGAGUUUCUUUUUGUUUUUCUUUCCUUCUUCCUUUCUUUUUUUUUUUUUUUUGAGGGAGAUUAGCCCUGAGCUAACAUCUGCUGCCAAUCCUCCUCUUUUUUGCUGAGGAAGACUGGCCCUGAGCUAACAUCCAUGCCCAUCUUCCUCUACUUUAUAUGUGGGACGCCUGCCACAGCAUGGCUUGACAAGCGGUGCCAUGUCCGCACCCGGGAUCCGGGCUGGCGAACCCCGAGCCGUCGAAGCGGAACAUGCGAACUUAACCACUACAUCCUCGGGCCAGCCCCUGAGUUUCAUUUUUCAGACUUAUCCUGGCCCUCCAUCUCCUCUUAAAAGCCCUGAUCACAGUCUGCUCAGAAUUUCUGGGACUUGGGCCUUGUCCUCCAGCCCCACUGGCUGGACCAAAGUUCACAUCUGAAUUACUUUUGGCUCCUGGCCUCCAGCACAGAGCACAGGGUCUGGCUCAGAAUCAGGCCUCAACAAUAAAAGUAUGUCCCUCUCCCACCCCCCAGUGGCCCUCACACAUCGACAGAGACCCAAGGUCAUCUCGAGAAGAACCAUCUGGGUCAAUGUAAAACCUCAGAUUUGCCCAGAUUCACCUUUUUACCCCAUUUUUCUUACAUUUUAGGUCUCUUUACCCGUCUUACCUCCCUCAGGUCUUUAUUUCUCCUCCAACCUCCAACAGCCUUGACUUCUUCAGAGUCCCCCACUUCCUCUUCCUCCUUCCCCCAAAAGCUCAGAACCAAGUUCAUGCUAUGGUGUGAAUGACUACCCUUGGCUUGGUAUUACAAACUCUAGUUAUAUUUGUAUAUGAAAAGAGGGCUAAUGCUUAAGAGGCCAAAUGGAUGAGUGGAGGAAUUUUAGGAGCUGUGUGGAAGGGGGCCAAGGCGGAACUUUCCUGGCCCUGGGAGUGAGUGUGGGGGUGUGGUUAAAUGAAGGAAGAUGGAGGUUGUUCUCAGGGGUCUGGGACCAGGCUAAGGACUGGGGUUUGGGACUUAUCUGCACCUCCUUGGGGACAACAUAUUCCCCAGGUAAAGGAAAUAAGCUGUACAUGUGCUUGUUCCUUUCUGAGCCUGGUGCAAGUCAGUGGGGUGGUUAUUGCUGUGUGACCCUGAGGAGACCAUCUAAUCUCUCUGAGCCUCCUCUGAGAAUGAGAAUACCCACCUUACAGGGUUGCUGUGGGCUCGGGUCCAAGGCACAGGGAAUGACUUUGCCAGCCCUAAAAGUCAGCGUCUUCCAAGACCUGCGUCCCCCUGGAGGCCAGCACCACCUGCCUACCAUGGGUGCUGGAAAUGACCUGCCUGCUGCCCGCACACAGGCCCUCAAGCAUCCCACGGUCCCCCUCCCCUCCUGUCUUGCGCUUGCCCCACAGGCCUCCUUCUGGAAAAUAAAUCCUCUGCAACAGGG